UUUAUCGAUAAUAGCAACAUGGAUUCGAAGGCACACAUGCGGACACAGCCACAAACGCAUCAUUGUCGCCAUUCUUUUUCGACCGCUGUCGUGCUGCUUCGAAUUUCGUCGCUUCACGACUGGAUCACAUUGCGCACAAACUCUGCUUGUGCUACUGAUUCUCCGCAGGGCUGGAAGUCUUGUGUGAAUGUGUGGCGGAGUGAGGAGGUAUUGGGCUCCUCAAUCGCCAUCGCCGUGUUGGAGUGCACUUGGUUGGCCUCAUCUGUCGCGUCCGUACUCCCCUUUGAGUUGAUGGACGUUACUAAUGUGUUGUCGAUUUCGCCUGGAACUUUAACCGGAGUUGCUGGGGGGCGGAGAACUUCUGGUGGAGAUGAAUGCUUCUGUGUUUCGAGAGAUGCACAUCGCCUCUCAAGCAGGUUGAGGCUCCCAUUGGCGAAUUCGCUCGUGUUUCAAAGACGAAUCGCAUUCACAGGUGGGAGAAUGUUGACACUCGGACGAGCAGUAACCGUGAGGUGCAGCAAUAAUGCUGAGGCAUCUCCUCUGCCGGAAAAGCGUGUGUUGGUAGGAUGCGGGAGUGCCGCUCUUGAUUUUUUGGCGAGUGUGGAUAAGUUUCCACAACCCGAUGAUAAGAUCAGAAGCACUGAAUUACAAGUGCAAGGAGGGGGCAAUGUUGGUAAUGCACUUACGGCUGCAGCUCGUCUGGGUCUAGAGUGCAGAAUCUUUACCAAGGUAGCAAACGAUGGACCAGGUUCGCAAAUCCUAGCAGAGCUACAAGGCGACGGUGUUGAUGUUUCUAAUGUCGUGGUAGCUGAAGGUGUAUCGCCAUUCACAUUCGUUAUCGUCGAUAAGGAAACGAAUACCCGCACGUGUAUUCAUACUCCAGGUUCUCCAGCGUUGAUUCCUCAGGAGCUGACUUCGGCCAGUGUUAACUCUUUACUCAACGAGGCUAAUCUUGUUUAUUUCGAUGGGCGACUUGCAGAUACAGCUAUUGUUCUGGCCGAAGAGGCUUCGAAGCGUCAGCUGCCAAUUCUCGUAGAUGCUGAGCGUUUGAGGGAAGGGCUAGAUGAUCUGUUAUCCUAUGCGACCUAUGUUGUAGCAUCUGCCAAAUUUCCUCAGUCUUGGACAUCAGCUCCAACAGUAGCGGAAGCGUUAGUCAAGAUGAUGCUGCAGCUUCCCCGGCUGAAGUUUGUGAUUGUGACCUUGGGAGCAUCUGGUUGCAUUAUGCUCGAAAGACACGCUUCAGACGCUUCUGAAGCCGAAAUUGAGGACGGUUCAGUUGAAGUGAAUUCGCUGGUAGAGUCACUUUCACGGGAGGCAGGCGAACUUUGUGGCUCGUCUCCCAAUUCCAUUACAUCGAAGGUUUGUAAGUUGAGCAUUGCGAACAAUAGCGAUGUUCAGCAACAUAUUUGGGGAAGAUUCCAUGUUGGGACCGCCGAAACUAUUCCAGCCUCAGAGCUCGUGGAUACAACAGGAGCUGGUGAUGGCUUUAUUGGUGGUGUGAUGUAUGCAAUUCUGGCUGGUCUGUCUGCUCCAAAAAUGCUUGCUCUUGGAGCCACAGUGGGUGCUGGCAGUUGUCGUGCCCUUGGAGCCCGCCCCGGUCUUCCUACUCGAGCAGAUCCAAAAGUUGCUUCAUUUCUUUAGAAUUAGCAAUGUCUUGUGCUUAUUGUUCGUAGCUGUAACAAAGACUACAUUCUGAUUAGACUUCUGGACGCACAUAUUAUCCAUAUGGUGUUGCACUAUUACAUGCUCAUCUAUAAGUGACUUCCUUCCCUUGAUCUA